AUGUUAAGCAAACAAUUAACAGUCAAUGAACCAAGACAUACCUGUAAACAUCGAGGAAAUAGAGCUGUACCAGCAUUCACUCAAGGUCAAGUCGUAGCUACUGUUACGUCACAUCAUAUCGAAGAGGCUUCUGGGAUAGCUGCCAGUAGAACACAUCCAGGAGUUUUAUAUACACACAACGACCACGGAGAUGGUCCCGAUAUUUACGCCAUAGACAGCGUGACGGGGCACAGGAUAUCUACAAUUACAGUAAACGGCGCACACAAUUCUGACUGGGAAGAUAUUGCGUAUGGCCCAUGUGAUGCUGGAUACUGCUUAUACAUUGGAGAUACGGGUGAUACUGGCGCCAAGAACAAUAUCUAUAUGAUACGGGAACCAGCGUCUGUACAUAGCAACCAGCAUGUAGACGUCUACAAACAAUUACAUUUCUCGUGGUCAGAAAGUGACUGUGAAACGUUGUUGGUUGACCCACGAGGUGAAGUCUACAUUAUUUCAAAAGUUAAAAACCAGGCAGCUAAAGCGGCUCACGUCCCUUCGAGUGCUUGGAAUAGUGGUACAACAGUCGCCUUGACAAACACUGUUUCUCUGACCUUCCAUACAGCCAACAAUGACCCAACUGGCGGUGACCUUUCACCCAACGGCCAAGAAUUGUUAUUGGUUUCUCACCAUAAAAUGUUCUACUGGAAUGUUCCGAACGGCGAUGUGCUUACAGCAUUGCAAACAGAUCCUAUUGAAGUACCAUACCAUGAUGAACCUCAAGGAGAGGCAGUUUGCUGGGAUGCUAACGGUCAAGGCUACUUCACCCUUAGUGAGGGAAAAAAUCAACCUUUAUAUUACUAUGGAAGAUCCUAAUUAUAAAUUACAUAUGAUGUUUUGGGCACA